GUUUCCAGUAGGCCCAAACGGGCCGGGCCGGGGGGUGGGGUGGGGGUGUGCUGUGGAGAAAGCUCUCCUGAAUCCCUGCGGGCGGCAGCACCUCGCGACCCGGGGGGUGGCUUGAGGGGAAAAGCGAGCAAGGUUUGCUGCGUUACGGCGUCUCUCCCAGAAUUCGGCGCGCGCCGCCGCUGGGGCCGGAACUGCCCGGCGAGCCUCCGCUGAGCGAGGCGCCGCGCCGCCGCGGAGCGAGCCCGGCCGCCGGCGUGUCGCUGGGACUGAGCUCCGCGGGCGUGAGGAGCCCUUGUACGGUUCAGGAUUGAAGACGUUCUUGUCAGGUUUGGGGACGUGAGGAGGUUCCUGUCAGUUGGGGAGGCGUGAGGCGAUCCUCCCUUCGUCCAGAGAGGACGCGUGCCGCCGCCGCCGCCGCCGCCGCUGCCGCCUCCGGCCCCUCCUGCCAUCACGAACCUGGCCCUCCACGGAACGCUCCCAGGCAGGGGGAAGAUGGCCUCGGUGCCCGUGUAUUGCCUCUGCCGGCUGCCUUACGAUGUGACCCGCUUCAUGAUUGAGUGUGACAUGUGCCAGGACUGGUUUCACGGCAGUUGUGUUGGUGUUGAAGAAGAGAAGGCUGCUGACAUUGACCUCUACCACUGCCCAAACUGUGAGGUCUUACAUGGACCUUCCAUUAUGAAAAAACGUCGUGCAUCUACCAAAGGGCAUGAUACACAUAAGGGGAAGCCAGUGAAGACUGGAAGCCCUACAUUCAUUCGAGAGCUCCGGAGUAGGACUUUUGACAGCUCAGAUGAAGUGAUCCUGAAGCCCACUGGAAGUCAGCUGACUGUGGAAUUCCUGGAAGAGAAUAGCUUCAGUGUGCCCAUCCUGGUCUUGAAGAAGGAUGGGUUGGGGAUGACUCUGCCCUCUCCAUCAUUCACUGUGAGGGAUGUGGAACACUAUGUUGGUUCUGACAAAGAGAUCGAUGUGAUUGAUGUGACCCGCCAGGCUGACUGCAAGAUGAAGCUUGGUGAUUUUGUGAAGUACUAUUACAGUGGGAAGAGGGAGAAAGUCCUCAAUGUCAUUAGUUUGGAAUUCUCUGACACCAGGCUUUCUAACCUUGUGGAGACACCCAAGAUUGUUCGAAAACUGUCAUGGGUCGAGAACUUGUGGCCAGAGGACUGUGUCUUUGAGAGACCCAAUGUGCAGAAGUAUUGCCUCAUGAGUGUGCGAGAUAGUUAUACAGACUUUCACAUUGACUUUGGUGGCACCUCAGUCUGGUACCAUGUGCUCAAGGGUGAGAAGAUCUUCUACCUGAUCCGCCCAACAAAUGCCAAUCUGACUCUGUUUGAGUGCUGGAGCAGCUCCUCUAAUCAGAACGAGAUGUUCUUCGGGGACCAGGUGGAGAAGUGCUACAAGUGUUCAGUGAAGCAAGGACAGACGCUUUUCAUUCCUACAGGAUGGAUCCAUGCUGUGCUGACCCCUGUGGACUGCCUUGCCUUUGGAGGGAAUUUCUUACAUAGCCUUAACAUUGAAAUGCAGCUCAAAGCCUAUGAGAUUGAGAAGCGGCUGAGCACAGCAGACCUCUUUAAGUUCCCCAACUUUGAGACCAUUUGUUGGUAUGUGGGAAAGCACAUCCUGGACAUCUUUCGAGGUUUGCGACAGAACAGGAGACACCCUGCCUCCUACCUGGUACAUGGUGGUAAAGCACUGAACUUGGCCUUUAGAGCCUGGACAAGAAAAGAAGCUCUUCCAGACCACGAGGAUGAGAUCCCGGAGACAGUACGGACUGUACAACUCAUUAAAGAUCUGGCUAGGGAGAUUCGCCUGGUUGAAGACAUCUUCCAACAGAACGUUGGGAAGACGAGCAAUAUCUUUGGGCUGCAGAGGAUCUUCCCAGCCGGCUCCAUUCCCUUAAACAGGCCAGCCCAUUCCACUUCAGUAUCCAUUUCCAGGCUGUCACUGCCCUCCAAAAGUGGUUCAAAGAAGAAAGGCCUGAAGCCCAAGGAACUCUUCAAGAAGGAAGAGCAAAAGGGCAAGGAGAGUUCACCCUUGGGGCCUGCUGGCCAAUUGAGCUAUAAUCUCAUGGAUACAUACAAUCAUCAGGCACUGAAGACAGGCUCUUUCCAGAAAGCAAAGUUCAAUAUUGCUGGUACCCGCUUGAAUGACUCGGAGGAUGACUCGCCAGACCUGGACCUUGAUGGGAAUGAGAGCCCAUUGGCUGUUUUGAUGUCUAAUGGCAGUACCAAGAGGAUGAAGAGCUUACCCAAAUCCCGGCGAGCCAAGAUUGCAAAGAAGUCCGAAAAGGCUAGGGCGGUGACAGAACAGAUGAUGGAGGAUGAAUUUGACUUGGAUUCAGAUGAUGAGCUCCAGAUAGACGAGAGACUGGGAAAGGAAAAGGCGACCUUGAUAAUAAGACCAAAAUUUCCCCGGAAGUUGCCCCGUGCAAAGCCUUGCUCUGACCCUAACCGAGUUCGUGAACCAGGAGAAGUUGAGUUUGACAUUGAGGAGGACUACACAACAGAUGAAGACAUGAUGGAAGGGGUUGAAAGCAAGCUUGGGAAUGGAAGUGGAGCUGGUGGAAUUCUUGAUCUGCUCAAGGCCAGCAGGCAGGUGGGGGGACCUGACUAUGCUGCUCUCACCGAGGCCCCAGCCUCUCCCAGCACUCAGGAGGCUAUCCAGGGCAUGCUGUGCAUGGCCAACCUGCAGUCCUCAUCGUCCUCACCGGCUACCUCCAGCCUGCAGGCCUGGUGGACCGGGGGGCAGGACCGAAGCAGUGGGAGCUCCAGCAGUGGGCUGGGCACAGUGUCUAACAGUCCUGCUUCCCAGCGCACCCCAGGGAAGCGGCCCAUCAAGCGGCCAGCAUACUGGAGAACCGAGAGCGAGGAGGAGGAGGAGAACGCCAGUCUGGAUGAACAGGACAGCUUGGGAGCAUGCUUCAAGGACGCAGAGUAUAUCUACCCUUCACUGGAGUCUGAUGAGGACGACCCUGCUUUGAAAUCUCGACCCAAGAAAAAGAAGAAUUCAGAUGAUGCUCCCUGGAGUCCUAAAGCCCGUGUGACCCCAACUCUACCAAAGCAGGAUCGUCCUGUUCGUGAAGGGACACGGGUAGCCUCCAUCGAGACAGGCUUGGCUGCAGCAGCAGCAAAACUGGCUCAACAGGAGUUACAGAAGGCCCAAAAGAAGAAAUACAUCAAGAAGAAACCUUUGCUAAAGGAGGUAGAACAACCUCGACCUCAAGACUCCAAUAUCAGUGUGACAGUACCAGCCCCAACUCUGGCUGCUGUUCCCCAGCUUCCCACCUCUUCUUCACCCCUGCCUCCUCCUGAACCCAAACAAGAGGCUCUGUCAGGAAGUCUUGCUGACCAUGAGUAUACUGCUCGUCCCAAUGCUUUUGGCAUGGCCCAGGCAAACCGCAGCACCACACCCAUGGCCCCCGGCGUCUUCUUGACCCAGCGGCGCCCUUCAGUUGGCUCCCAGAGCAAUCAGACAGGACAAGGAAAGCGUCCCAAAAAGGGCCUGGCCACAGCAAAACAGAGACUCGGCCGUAUCCUGAAAAUCCACAGAAAUGGCAAACUACUUCUGUGAGCUUCCUUGUGUUCCAGCUCUCACCCCUACACCCCCAUUGCCUUCUCUGUUGUCAACUGUCGGGGCACUCCUGGAUCUUAUCUGCCCUGGACAAGGUGCUGAGGUGCACUGUCCUGCUUUCUUUGGACUGACCAAAGGCACGGACUCCCCCCACAGACCCCGUCCUCCAGCUGCUCCCAACUCCUUCUCCAUUUCCACUGGAUCAUCCUGCCGCCUUCUCUCCAUACCCUGAGUAGCAGGAAAAUGGGAAAGGUCUCCAGCUGACCAGAACCACUUUUCUCCUUUUCCAGCCCAGGUCCCUUUUACCUGCCUUGUCUGUCCUUUACUCUUGGCCCCCAUCCCCACCCUGCCCCAGAGUUGGAUGGUAGGAGGCAGAGAGGCAUGAAGAAAGAGAACCUGGGCCCUCCCUAUUUCUCUGGCCAUGAAGUGGGAGGUCCCAGUACUCAAUACUUUGUGCAACUCAAGCCCUUUAUCCAGAAGCCUGUCCAUUCUGCCUUCGUCUUCCUCCCAAUCCAGUGGAUGUGCCCCACCUCCAAACUUGUUCCUGAGAGAAGGCUAUGGUGUCUGCCCCCUCUUGCCAAAACUUUGUGGAAAUAAAGAGGAGGGCCUAGUGUCUUUCGUACUGCCCCACUGUGGGCCAUUUCCAGAGGUAGCCUAGAAAGGCUGACUUCACUUAUCCUUGGGAGGAAAAGAGAUUCCUGUCACUUUUAAGUGGGGAGAGAACAGACACCCAAGCUGUUGACCAUUGACUUUGUGGCCCAUUGGAAGAAGCUACUUUUGGCUGGCUACAUUUGAAGCCCCUCGUGCCAGGUAAGCUCCAGGGAUUUGCCUGGACUUUGAGAUCCUGCAGAACAUUAUCCACGUGGCUGUGGUCGGGCCCCAGCAGAUGAAAACCAUCUCCCAGAAACCUGAAAGCACCUGCCACUGAAGCACAUAACCUUGGCCCUCCAACCUGUUUCUUCCACCUAUACCACCGAGCCCAGCCUGGACCUUCCAGACAGGGUGCGGCAGGACAACCCAUCCCUGGGAACCUCUAUGCUUCUUUCCUCACCUGAGGUCUCAGUCUGAAGAAAACUUCAGGUUUCACAUUUUCAAUCCUGGGCUUUUGCACUUCCAGGCCACAGGUCAACUCGACGUUCAAGCAAAGUACAGAUGGGCCACUGCUGACCCUAGGCCCAGAAGAGACAUUCAGAUGUGAAGAAGCAGACCAUCUGAUGAUGAUCCUCCCUUCCCCCUUCUUUCCUGCGUGGAUUGUCUGCAUUGUCCAGACAGUGCCCCCACCUCCCUCCUGUCUUGUCUCAUUGGCAAUCUGGACUUGAUGGAGAAUCCCCUGCCCCUCCAUUUUGGCACUUCCCAAAUGGAGUGUAUCCUUGAUCUUUACCCUUCACUCCAACCUCACCCCAGCUUGCUCAGUGCUUCUGGGGAAUUGAACAGCUACCAUGCAGGCCACAGGGAAUUUGUGAGGCUUCCUUUGUGUUCUUUGUGUCUCCAGUUUGUCUUUCUUUUCUCCAUAGCCCCUCCUCUACUCUCCUUCCUUGGAAUCAGGGGUCCCUUAGUCCAUUUGCUUUUUCUACCUUGGGGACCCCAGGGGCCAAGCAGUCCUCCAUCUAGUCACACCAAAGGCAAAAAGCCUGGCUACCUCCCCCUUAGCACUUGAGGUCCUAUUUCCCUCCCCUCUGUUUCUACCCAGCUUUGCUUGUCUUGGGGAUUUCAAGGGAGCAGAGAAUAGUGAGGGGAGGGCAGGAGAAACCUCUGUCCCUGUGUAGGCGACUGCCUGACUAGGCGCUGGCUGCUGUAACCAAUACCAGGUCCCCAGCCCUUUGCCCGUUAACACCUACUCUUGAUCUUUCAAAGGCAGCUAAUUGCUAGCAAAUUCCCCUGAUUCCAGGCCUCUUUCCCUUUGUUUCUUUGUUAGUUUCUGUGGAGCUGAAACCCAGCCUCCAUUUGACUGGGUUUUAUUUAGUUUAGUUGGAUUCUCAUAGCCUCCUGUUUGUUGUUUUGUGUUGUUUCCAAUGAAAAGCAAGUUUACCCUCAGAGUUACGCUUUUCCAAAGAGGCUGGUGUUUUUUGUUUUUGUUUUUAAUGUUUCAGGUUCUAAGUGAAGUGAGUUGAGGAGGAGGUUGGGAGUUGGUAGUAACCAAGGUUUAGAACAUGGUGAGAUAGUUACCUCUGAUCUCCAAUCCCCAGCAGAGAGCUGAGGGUUAGAUAGGGGGCAGGGAGAGAGGAUUUCUAUUCACCUUUAAUAUAUUUUUACAGACAAAGCAAACAAUUUAAAAACAAGCCCACCGCUUCUGUACAUGUCUAAAUAUAUUUUUAGAAGUGGGUAGGAUUGUGAAUUUCUGAUGCAGGGCCUUUUUAUAAAUAGGUUAGAGUAGUAUCAUCCAGACUUCUCGUUUUUUUUUUCCCCUGUUUUUUUCUUAUGUUGUGUUACUAAUGUAAUUUAUAUUUUUUUUAGAUUCUCCCUUUCCUAUAGAGAUAAAAGUGAUUUAUCUUGGCAAUUGCUUUGCUUGGCAUUCUUUUCUUUUCUUUUCUUUUUUUGUUUUGAUUUGUUUUUGUUGGUGGUAAUGUGGUGUGGGGUCCAGGAGUUCCGCCUUCUACCUUCUCGUUGUAUUCUUUUUGUCUUUCAGCAAAUUGUCACUAGGCACUUCUGGUGCCCAGCCUUGUGCCUGGUGUGGGAAGGGGACAGGAUCCCUGCCCUUAGGAGGGACACAGUUCACACACUCGAAACAGAUAACCAGAAGUAUAGUGGGCAGAAAAGAAAGGGUGCAACAAUUCAGAGGGACUUAAAAGUUCAGUGGAGAGACUUUCCAUAGCUUCCAUGAAGAAGCUGUUUAUACUGACUGUGCUUGUGUCUUCUUUUUGUGAAUGUGGGAUAACAUACAUAUAUAUAUAUAUAUAUAUAUAUAUAUAUAUAUAUAUGUAUAUGUAUGUGUAUAUAUAUAUAUAUGGACUCAUUUCAUCCUCACCAACAUCCUCAUCCUGCCAGUGAGGGAACAGGCAAAGCAACCUUCCAGCAUCGCAUAUAAAAGAAGUUCUGGGGCCAGCCUGGAUCUAGAAUGUUUGUUUUUUUCAUAGAAUGCAAAUUCUUUUUAUUCUUAAGAUUUUAUUUAUUUAUUUAUUUGAAAGGCAGAGUUAUGGGGGGGCUGCUGGGGGGAUAUCUUCCAUCCACUGGUUUACUCCCGAAAUGGCCACAGCAGUCAAGGCUAGGCCAAUCCAAAGCCAGGAUUCAGAAACACCAUUUGGGUCUCCCAUGUGGGUGGCAGUGGCCCAAGCACUUGGGCCAUCUUCUGCUUUUUCUGACAUAUUCACAGGGAGCUGGAUCAGAAGUGGAACAGCAGAACCUGAGCUGGCAGCCACAUGGGGUGCCAGCAUUAUAGGCAGCAGUUUAACCUGCUGUGCCACAAUGCUGGCCCCAGAGUCUGUGUUCUUAUUACUGUAUUCCACCACAUCUCACUGAUAACUGCUAUCAUUUAUCAAGUGCCUUUAGGGUGCCAGUUUAGGGCUAGUUUAAUCCUCACUGACAACCUCAUGAAAUAAUUAGCCUUGUUUUACAGUUAAGGAGACAAACUUGCCAGCAUCUUCCUGGUUCCAAAGCUCAUGUUUGUUGUUUUUUCCCCUUUACCAUGCCCAAAAACCUUUUGAAGCUCAAGCACCCCUGGAUGUCUAUUCAGCACCUGUUGCAUGCAAGGUACAGAAUUAAGAGUUGUGUCCAGAGGACUAUCCUGAGAAUACAGUUUGGAACCUAAUUUCAAAUUCACCACCACUUUGACACUAUGUGACCCUGAGUACCUGUUAAAGAAACCCUAUCUAAGAUGUCUUGAAAAUUCUACUUCGGGGGUCUGGAGUGAAGCAGUCUGAGUCUGGCACCUACUGGUUAAAUCAUCUCCAGUUCUCAAUCUGAGUCUCAGUAUUAGCCAGGAUUUGGGUAGAGAAGAUUCAUGUCUGGGGCACAAGGAACUACAUCUCUUGAUAGAAAGGCAACAGGAAAGCAGAGGGAUUUCAUAGCCUUUCCAGAAAUGAUAGGCUAGGUUUUUUAUGUCACCAACUCCCAGCCUAUUCUGUGAAGGGACAAAGCACCAGCCUCAGGUUAGAGGAUAACCUAGAGUCUUAGUCACCUUACUUCUCAGUCCAGGCAGGAGAUGCCAGCAGAUCAGAGGCUGCUUUCUAACUCUGGGAGGGGAGCAAGGCACCCAGCGCCAUUAUUCCCUUUUUCCAGUAUGGAGUGAAAAAGUAUAUAGAAAAAAAUUACACAAGAGCUUUCCAUCUCAAUGAGUAAUUUGGGAGCAUGUUUUGUGUAGCUAAAAUAGAAUGCCAUAGACUGGGUAAGUCAUAAAGAAAAGAGGUUUCUUUUGGCUCGUGAGCAUGGAGGCUAGGAAGUACAAGGUCAGGUGACCUCAUCUGGCAAGUGCCACAUGCUGCUUCACCUCAUGAUGGAAAAGUAGGAGAGGAAUAUGUGCAAGAGGGGCACGUGUGACAGGAGAUGCCAGCUUUAUAAUAACCCACUGUUGCUAGAACUAAUCCAGUCUCAAGAACUAACCCAUUAUCUAGAGAAAGAAUCAUUUCUUGAGGAUUGUGUUCCCAUGACCCAUUCACCACCCAAAGGCCCACAUUCCAACGCCACUGCAUUGACAACCAAAUUUCAACAUGAGUUUUGAGAGAGACAAACCACAUCCAAACCAGAGCAGAGAGAGGGCUCUCUGGGUCUACAUUUGCCAACUUUAAUUAUCUCAGCUAAGAAGCCCUCUAGAGGCUUGAUUUUCCCUGAACUUUCUGAAUGCUAUAAAUUCCCAAACUGAAUCCUCUAGCCCUGACUUGCCCUGGGUACAGAUCUCCAUUUUUGCUUGCUCACAUAGUGUACCCUGCCUAAACUAAACAGCCCCUCCAUUAGGACCCUGUUCACACCAAGUUGACUGAAAAGAUACUUGCGCUCCAAUAAGUUGUGUAGAGAAGAGCACCAGAUGGUAGAGCAUAGUGGUAGAGAUGAAAAUGGCAUAUUGGACAGGGAAUCCAUCUUAAGGAAGCAGGUAAUUUAGGGAAGGCUUCCUGUCAGAUGAUGCCUGAACUGAAAAAUGAAAAGUAAUUAGGAGAGGCAGUGGGAAGAAUGUUCCAUACCAAGGCCAUAGCAUGAAUAAAAAUAGGUGGAGAAAGAGAUGAAGAGAAGGACAAGCAAUUUGGUGUAAGUGCAGCCUUGACUCACUGAGAAGGAGGGGGUGGGGCUUAUGUAGAAUCUCCAGGAGGAAAGGUGUAUUUUGAGAAGGUAUGUGAUUAUAAUUAAUUAGGUCUUUAAUAUUUAUUUCAAAACCCCAGAUAAUGGAGGACUGGAGUCCUAUUUAAUGGCAGAGAGCAGUAAAGAGUUUUAAACAGAAAACUUAUUUUAAAAAAUUAGUUAUUUGAAAGAGGAAGAGAGAGCACUUCCAUUCACUGGUUCGUUCACUCCCCAAAUGACCACAACAGCCAGGGCUGGGCCAGGCUGAAUCCAGGAGCUUUAUCCGGGUCACCCAUAUGGAUGCAGGGGCCCAAGAACUUGGGCAAACUGCUGCUGCUGCUCCAGGCACAUUAGCAGGGAGCUGGAUCAGAAGUGGAUCAGCUGGGACUCCAACUGCCACCCAUGUAAGUUUCUGGCAUCACAGGCAGUGAUUUUACCCACUAUGCCACAGCACCAGCUCCAACUUACUUUUAAAAAGGAUCUCUUUGGGGGAGAGAUUGAAGCCAGGGAGGCUAGUGUGGAAGUUACAGAAAGAUGGGGAGGGCACCAUCUUAUAAUUGCUCCCAUCGAAAGCCACUUCACUAGGAACCCUUUACCCAGCUGUCUCGUCAAAUGGUGACUUUGUCCUAUUUCUACAUCUCAUAAGGGGUGGAAAUCCAAGCCAUUUCCAGAAGGUAAAACAAUGGAGUCAGCCACUCAGAACCCAAAGUAAAGAAGAUGGACUCCUGUAUCCCCCUUUCAGUUUUUAAACUCAAAGCAGUUCAUUUUACCGUAGAACCAACCAUAAUGCCACCUCUCAUCACUGGAUGUGGUAGGAGAGAUAAAAUAAUCAUUUUAUAUUCUCAGAGGCCAGCGCCUUUCCCUACAUUCUAUUUCCAUUCUGUCAUAUACAACCUAUCAGGAGUACCUCCCUACAGUUCUAUUUUCUUCUCCUGCUUUUUUAAAGAACAUUCCAUGGCCUUCCUUUGCUUUUUACAACCCAAGAUUUCAAGGUUUUCCAAAACCUGACCCAACAUAGACAGUGGACUCUUGUGGAAAGUGGAUGUGUUUGGGAGUUGAAAACAUCAGUGAUUCAAUUUCGGUUCUGCCACUUAUGCUAUCUUGAGCUGGUUGCUUCAUAUCUCCUUGCCUCAAUUUUGCCAUCUGUAAAAUUAAGACAUAAUCCCUACAUCAUAAGGUUGUCAGCUACAUGAGGAAGGUGCUGUUUAAAGAACAAAGGGAGGUGGCUGAAUCUAUUGGUGUGGUGGUCCUUAAAUUCCUGUAGUGAAAAUACAAAUUUGUGACAGAGUUGUUGAAAGAUGCCAGUUCAGUAUCAGUGGCUCAGUUCUACAGUGACUUAUCACAGACUCUCAUGUCAGGCCCCGUGCAUACCAUUGAUCUUCAGGAAGCAUGUGCUUUAGUAUGCAGCGAUGAAAACCCAAGUACAGCAUAUUGGGAUUAAUACUGUGUCGCUAAUGAGUACAAGGUGCCACGGGAGAAUGAAGUAGGGAGACCCAACCCAUUCUGCAAAGUAGGAAAGUAUUCUGGAAAGAUUUUAACACCUGAGUUGAGUUUCAAAGCAUUUACCAGAGAAGGGAAGUUGGAAAAAUUCCAAGCAGGAGGGACAGCAAAAGUCAGAUGUCCUGAAGCAUCCUCAUAUGUGAAUCAAACUACAAGCCCUUGAGUUGAGCUAGAUCUCAGUCUGAAGUAGCGAGGCAUAUCGGGAUGAAGCUGAAGAGGCCAACAGGGCCUGGAACAUGGAGGUCAGAUUUAUCUUUCAGAAUGUUCUCUUUGGGGAUCCUUGGGGUUAUAAAGACCAAAGUGGGUUAGAAACCAGCGUGAAGGCUGGUUGUGAGUUUCUGAUUAAUAUGUAACGGAGGUCUAACGAGUGUGAAGAUACCAGAAAUGUUAAUCCACAUCCUUUAAUUUUGUCUUUAACAUUUUACUAUGAACAUUUUCAAACAUUCAGAAAGUCAAAGUAACUCUACCAUGAACACCCAUAUAUCCACCACCCAGAUUCCAUAACUACCAUUUUACUACAAUGGAUUUUAUCAGAUAUGUUUAUGCAUCGACCCAUCUUUAUUUUAUGCACUUCAUAAUUAUAUGUGGGUAUACAUUCCUUUGAAGACUUCAGAAUCCAUGCCAUUUACUAGAGUUCAAUGUGAUUCUUUUUUAAGGUAAAAUAUUCAUACAAUGUAAUAAAUGUGCACAUCUUAAGAGUAUAA